GUAAGCUUGGAGAUUAGCAGUUGCUUUCGGAGCUACAGCCGACGCGGGGUUUCUUGUUGAGUUCUGGACUUGCGAACGUGGUGCCCUGUUGCUGCAAAGAACACCGACAACACUGUUUAUUGUGACUCGCUCGUCAUUCCCUCUUGCUGCAUCUUCGCCUUGCUCGUUGCGCCCUCGGCUCGCCCGUCCUCCCCCGCCGCUCUUAAGCGCCAGUGCGACUAUACCCACCUGACCUUCCUCGAAGUACCUGCUCGCGCAAUCAGCACCAGUGUUCAAAUCUAGCAGUCGAAGCUAUCUCUACAGCUGUAAAUUACACUUGGAACUCGGAUAGUACAUUUUUGGAGACGAUUGGCAAGGAUUGGAUGCAGGCAGGAUGUCACUCUCAUCCGAGAAGCGCGAUGAAUAUUCGGACAUCAUUGACUCGAUUCUUGCCAAGAGUGACCUGAAUACCGUCUCCGAGAAACGGAUUCGCAAGGGUCUCCAGGACGUCAUUGGUUAUGAUCUCACUCCACAAAAGGCUGAAGUCAAAAAGCUCAUCAUGGAACGAUUUGACAUCUUCGCGAGCAAUAAGGGCGUCCACUCACCCGAAGAGACCUCUAGUAAUGGCCAUACAAACGUCACCACUGCGGUCGCAGUACCUUCUCCACCCCCAUCCUCAUCGCCCGUGAAGCUUCAGGCACGUAGCGAAGAAGCAUCCGAGCCCGCUAGCGCCUCGCCGCCUCCAAAGAAGCGCAAGCCCGACGCGGAUGUUGACGCCGACGCUUUGUUCGCCGCGAAACUACAAGCGGAAGAGAAUAUGAGGGCACGACCCACGAGAGGCGCAAAUACACGUCGUGCUGCUCCGUCUAAGAAGAAGAGCAAGGCCAAGACAUCCAAGCGCGUCAAAGCUGAGGAUGACUCGGACGUUGACUCGGGAUCAGACACGAAGAAGGAGGUCAAUCGAACUGGUGGCUUCCACAAACCACUUAAUCUGUCUGCCCCUUUGUCUGCCCUCCUAGGUGGAGAGACUACUCUCUCGCGCCCCCAAACUGUCAAGAAGGUAUGGCAAUAUAUCCGUGAAAAUGAGCUGCAAGACCCAAGCGAUCGACGCCAAAUCCGCUGCGACGACGCGAUGCGCGCUGUGUUUAAACAGGAUCGGGUCCAUAUGUUCACCAUGACCAAGAUCCUCAAUCAGAACUUGUACAACCCAGAUGAAUAGCCCUGAUUUGUGCGAAUAGUCAUGGGUUGUUCUUGGAUGAAGGGACUCUUGGUAUCCCUCAACGAAUUUCGUCUCUUUUCUAUCAUUUGCUUUCUGCGAUGCAUGGGAAUGCCGGCGUGACGACUCCACCUUUGCCGCCUUUUAAGGCUUCCUCUUAUGGCGCCUUGUGCUUUCAAGAUUUUGGUUCUUUUCUUGCUCUCCAGCGGGAGUUGGUGCAGCCCUUGAGUGGUGAUAUCUAUCGUUCUCAUAAAUGCAUAUCUAAGUUUCACGACCU